GCCCUCCUCGGGGCGGCUCCGGGGGUGGGGGCAGCGAGGACUUAGUUCCAAACUAAGCCCAGCCAGACCCCGAGUGUCCGGAGGCGUAGCGAGCUGCGCGGGUCAGCCGGCCGCCAGGUACAGGAGGCUGAGAUCCUCUCAAUCUUGAGCAACCAUGUCAAACCCCAGUGCUCCACCUCCAUAUGAAGACCGAAACCCCCUUUAUCCUCCUCCUCCAGCAGGAGGAUACCCUGGGGGUUACCCAGCCUACCCCCAGCCUGGGUAUGGACACCCAGCUGGCUAUCCUCAGCCGAUGCCCCCCAUCCAUCCAAUGCCCAUGAAUUUUGGCAGAUCUGAAAUCUAUGGCGCGGGAGAACCCGCAGCAAGUGACAGCUUUGGGACUGGAGACUGGGAGGACAAGAAGGUCCGACACCGCUUCAUCCAGAAGGUUUACGCCAUCAUCUCAUUACAGUUGCUCAUCACCGUGGCCAUCAUUGCUAUAUUCACUUUUUCGGAUCCUGUUCGCAGUUUUGUGAGGAGGAAUGUGGCUGUCUACUAUGCUUCCUACGCUGUUUUCCUGGCCACAUACCUGACCCUUGUCUGCUGCCAGGGACCCAGGCGCCGCUUCCCAUGGAACAUCAUCUUGUUGACCAUCUUUACCCUAGCAAUGAGUUUCAUGACUGGCUGCAUAGCCAGUAUGUAUAGCACGAAAGCAGUCCUCUUGGCCAUGAUUAUCACUGCCAUUGUCACCAUUGCCGUCACCAUAUUCUGCUUCCAGACCAAGGUGGACUUCACAUCUUGUGCCGGACUCUUCUGUGUGCUUGGGAUUGUGUUGACUGUGACUGGGAUUAUCACUGCUAUUGUGCUGGCUUUCAAAUAUAUAUACUGGCUCCACAUGCUGUAUGCGGCGCUCGGGGCUAUUGCUUUUACUCUGUUUUUGGCCUAUGACACACAACUGGUCUUGGGAAACAGGAAGCACACCAUCAGCCCAGAGGAAUACAUCACAGGUGCCCUGCAAAUCUACACGGACAUCGUCUACAUCUUCACCUUUGUGCUGCAGCUUCUGGGGGAUCACAACUAAGGGGCCCCCCUUCCUCCCCAGCUCCUUUCCUUUCUCUUUCUGGGCUGGCCCGGCAUUGCCACGCCCCCUUUCUCUCCCUAACUCCCCCAGGAAAGGUUUCACUUUGGCUGGUGAGAUCUGGGGGAGCGGUCUUGUUUGGAGCUCGUCUGUGGGAGGAACUCGCCACACAGGGGAAGUCAGGGAGUGACUUCUUACUUGUCCAAGGCUGGGUCCAGGAUUUCUUCUGUCGUGACUGCCCUUGUCGGGGAUCUGUGACGAGGACAUUUAGUCUCGAUAUCUAAAGGGAAACGAGAUGUGCGGAUGAUUGUGAGGGCCGGUGAUGAGCCUUCUCUUCGGGGGAUUCCCUACUUAGCUGCUGCCUCUUAACACCCUUCCUCCUUGGCAUCCUCUCCAGCGUCUGCUCUCUGUCUUGCACAAAGCUCCAAAUCCUGUCUUCUCAGUCCUCCCCUUCCCGCUCACCCUUUUGUACAGACAUGACCCGGUGAUGUGUAUAUAUGGUUUAUUGGGGGUCAGGCACAAUAUAUGCCAGUGCCCAGCCCUUGCCCUGACCUCGGCCCACAGCCAGAGGGCAAACCUCGGUCUCCACCCCUCUCCAUCUGGCUUUUUCCCACCAUCCCCAGCCUGGACUUGUUCCAGAUGGGGACUGGCCAGUGGCAGCGGGAUGAGUCUCUCUGAUUUUCCUUCCUGGCCUCCUAGACUUACAGCGAAGGGAUGUGUAGGAAUAGGCCGAUAGGAGAGGGGGCCAUCCCUCCCCCCCACUUUUGAAAUCUCAUUGGGGUUCUUGAAGUGGAGCCAGCAGGGAUACAGAGCUGGGACUGGAAGAAGCUCUGCAAUACAUUCUCUGGGUUUCAUGUCUCUGCUGCUACUUAACCCAGUUUUUACCCAGAGCAUCCCAGGAGUUUUUGCCUUAGGCCUCUUCUCACAGAAUUUUAACCUAGACUUUUCUAGAGUCAGUCCUCUGUUGCACAGAUGAAAGAACUGAGGUCCAGAAGCAAAACGGCUUGCCCCAGGUCUCACAAGAGUGGCAGAGCUACUGCUAGAACCUGGGUGUUUUUCAUCCCAACCUUCAGUUCUGGGGUGCUUGUUGGGAUAUUGCUCCCCUUACUAUUCCCCCCAUCAGGACCUCCCUUCCCUGCUCUAGGAGCAGGAAGCUACAGGCUAAGCUUUUAACACCAAGUGCCUUAUGAAGGAGGCAGGGACUCAAGGAACAGUGUUCUUGACUUCGGCCGGCGCAGGGGUCAAAAAAGGGCUUCUGUAUGCAACCUUUCUGGAGUUUUGAGCACCACACAGAGUUAUAAUGGAAAAUAUAAUAAAAUACUAUGUUAGA